ACCGGACGCGCGAAGGGCGGAGUCUGGUCUGUGUAAGAGAGCUGGGCUUCUUUUCUGCCGUUCAGCUCGUGGGCAGCAACAUGCGCUGCGAUUGAGGACUGGAGCAGCCGGGAGUGAAGAAAACUAGUGGAGAAACUUCCAGCGGCCUUGGGGGGAAAGAGCCAAAGCUGGAGAAGCCUGUCUUCUUGAUCAAAAGUGUGGAAACCUUGAAACUUUCCUUAUCCACUUGUACUAGCUGAGUUUGUGAAUUGAAAGAAGACAAAAUGGUUGCCUUAUCAUUGAAGAUUGGAGUUGGAAAUGCUGUCAAAACAAUGCAGUUUGAACCCUCGACAAUGGUCUAUGAUGCCUGUCGAAUGAUUCGCGAUCGUGUCCCUGAAGCACAGACUGGACAGCCCAAUGAUUAUGGAUUAUUUUUGUCUGACGAAGACCCAAAAAAAGGGAUCUGGUUGGAAUCUGGCAAAGCUUUGGACUACUAUAUGUUGAGGAAUGGGGAUACUUUGGACUACAAAAGAAAGCAGAGGCCUCUGAAGAUUAGAAUGUUGGAUGGAAGUAUCAAAACAGUCAUGGUGGAUGACUCAAAAAUAGUGAGCGAUAUGCUGAUGACGAUCUGUGCCAGAAUAGGAAUCACAAAUCAUGAUGAAUAUUCACUUGUACAUGAAACUCUUGAGGAAAAGAAAGAAGAAAUGACAGGAACCCUGAAGAAAGACAAAACCCUUCACAGAGAUGAUAAGAAAAUGGAAAAACUUAAGCAAAAAUUACACACAGAUGAUGAUUUGAACUGGUUGGAUCAUGGGAGAACACUGCGAGAACAAGGUGUUGAUGAAAAUGAAACCUUGCUUCUCAGGCGAAAGUUCUUCUAUUCAGAUCAAAAUGUUGACUCAAGAGAUCCUGUGCAAUUGAACUUGCUUUAUGUGCAGGCAAGAGAUGAUAUUCUAAAUGGUUCUCAUCCGGUAUCCUUCGACAAAGCCUGUGAUUUUGCAGGAUACCAGUGUCAGAUCCAGUUUGGACCACACAAUGAGCAGAAGCAUAAACCAGGAUUUUUAGAUUUAAAAGAAUUCCUGCCAAAGGAGUACAUUAAACAAAAAGGAGAGAAAAGAAUAUUUAUGACACACAAGAACUGUGGGAACAUGUCUGAAAUGGAGGCAAAAGUGUUGUAUGUGAAGUUGGCCCGUUCCCUGAAGACAUACGGCGUAUCCUUCUUCUUGGUUAAGGAAAAAAUGAAAGGGAAGAACAAACUUGUACCUCGCUUGCUGGGAAUUACCAAAGAAAGUGUCAUGCGUGUGGACGAGAAAACAAAAGAAGUGAUUCAGGAGUGGAGCCUUACAAAUAUCAAACGUUGGGCGGCGUCACCGAAGAGCUUUACUCUGGAUUUUGGUGACUAUCAGGAUGGUUACUAUUCAGUUCAGACAACAGAAGGAGAACAAAUUGCACAGCUGAUAGCUGGAUACAUUGAUAUUAUUUUGAAAAAGAAAAAAAGUAAAGAUCAUUUUGGGUUGGAAGGUGAUGAAGAAUCUACAAUGUUGGAAGAUUCUGUUUCUCCUAAGAAGUCUACCAUUAUGCAGCAACAAUUCAACAGAACUGGCAGAGCCGAGCACGGUUCUGUCGCGUUACCUGCAAUUAUGCGCCCUGGUGCAGGGGGUCCUGAAAACUUUCAGGUUGGAACAAUGCCAGCAGCCCAGCAGCAAGUAACCAGUGGACAAAUGCACAGAGGACACAUGCCUCCACUGACAUCUGCACAGCAAGCGCUCAUGGGAACGAUUAAUUCCAGCAUGCAGGCUGUGCAGCAAGCACAAGCUAGUCUGGAUGAUGUGGAUGCCUUGCCGCCCCUUGGACACGAUGCUGCCUCAAAAGCAUGGAGAAAAAAUAAAAUGGAUGAAUCCAAGCAUGAGAUCCAUUCACAAGUUGAUGCCAUUACUGCAGGCACAGCAUCAGUAGUCAACCUCACUGCAGGUGAUCCCCUUGACACCGACUACACUGCAGUUGGAUGUGCAGUAACUACCAUCUCUUCAAACUUAACGGAGAUGUCGAAAGGUGUCAAACUAUUGGCAGCUCUAAUGGAGGAUGAGGGUGCAAAUGGGCAGGACCUACUGAAAGCUGCUAAGAACCUGGCUUGUGCUGUCUCAGAGUUAUUGAAGACGGCUCAGCCAGCUACUGCUGAGCCUCGACAGGUCCUGUUGACUGCUGCUGGUACUGUCGGGCAAACAAGCGGUGAACUCCUCCAGCAAAUUGGGGAAAGUGAUGCAGAUCCACGGUUCCAGUUUCCUAUAGGUUCACAAAAAUACACAACCAGGAGUUUAUCACCCAUUCCACUCAAAAGGGACAUGCUCAUGCAGCUGGCCAAAGCUGUAGCUAAUGCAGCGGCAGCGUUGGUCCUGAAGGCUAAGAAUGUGGCUCAGAAAUCAGAGGAUUCCGUGUUGCAGAACCGUGUCAUUGCAGCCGCAACACAGUGUGCACUUUCCACCUCUCAGCUCGUAGCGUGCACCAAGGUUGUGGCUCCUACCAUCAGCUCUCCUGUCUGUCAGGAACAGCUGAUCGAAGCUGGAAAACUAGUGGCAAAGUCGGUAGAGGGGUGCGUGGAAGCCUCGCAGGCUGCAACAAAUGACGAUCAGCUGCUGAAGCAGGUUGGUGUGGCAGCCACAGCGGUGACACAGGCCCUCAAUGACCUGCUGCAACACAUCAAGCUGUACGCCUCUGGAGGACAUCCGUCGGGACGGUACGAUCAGGCCACAGACACCAUUCUAACAGUGACGGAAAACAUAUUCAGCUCCAUGGGGGACGCCGGUGAGAUGGUGAGACAAGCUAGAAUUCUGGCUCAAGCUACCUCGGACUUGGUCAAUGCUAUUAAAGCCGAUGCAGAAGGUGAAUCAGAUCUUGAAAACUCGAGAAAACUGCUCUCUGCAGCCAAGCUGCUGGCUGAUGCCACAGCCAAGAUGGUGGAAGCUGCGAAGGGUGCAGCAGCUAACCCUGACAGCGAGGAGCAGCAGCAGAAGCUGAGAGAAGCAGCGGAGGGCCUACGUAUGGCCACCAACAUUGCAGCACAGAAUGCCAUUAAAAAGAAACUGGUGAAUAAACUAGAGAACGCAGCAAAACAGGCUGCAGCUGCUGCCACACAGACAAUUGCAGCUGCUCAGAAUGCUGCUUCAUCCAACAAGAACCCUGCCACCCAACAGCAGAUGGUUCAAAGUUGCAAGUCUGUUGCCGAACAGAUCCCAAUGCUGGUCCAAGGUGUGCGUGGUAGUCAGUCACAGCCAGAUAGUCCAAGUGCACAGCUGGCUCUCAUUAGUGCGAGUCAGAACUUUCUCCAGCCUGGUGCAAAGAUGGUUGCCGCUGCCAAAGCUACGGUUCCUACUAUUGGAGACCAGGCCUCAGCUAUGCAGCUGAAUCAGUGUGCUAAGAACCUCGCGAACGCGUUACAGGAGCUGCGGACGGCUGCUCAGAAGGCUCAAGAUGCCUGUGGCCCCUUGGAAAUAGAUUCUGCCCUAAAUCAGAUCAGAACACUGGAAAAAGACCUGCAAGAAGCAAAGGCCAAUGCUGCUGAAGGGAAAUUGAGACCGCUGCCUGGUGAAACGCUGGAGAAAUGCUCCCAGGACUUGGGAAGUAGCACCAAGAUGGUGGGUGCUUCCGUGGCUAAGCUUCUGAGUGCCGUCACACAAGGAAAUGAAAAUUACACCGGAUUGGCCUCCAGGGAAGUAGCUCAAGCACUAAAAGCCCUGGGCUCCGCUGCUCGAGGCGUUGCGGCCAAUACCACUGAUCCCCAAGCACAGAGCGCUAUGUUGGAGUGUGCUGGCGACGUUAUGGAUAAAUCCAGUAAUCUCAUUGAGGAGGCUCGGAAAGCCAUGGCAAAACCAGGUGAUCCGGAAAACCAGCAGCGGCUUGCACAGGUGGCAAAGGCUGUAUCAAAUGCUCUGAACAGAUGUGUGAACUGUUUGCCGGGCCAGAGAGAUGUCGAUGCGGCUUUGAGAACCGUUGGAGAGGCUAGCAAAAAGCUUCUUGCAAACUCAUUUCCACAAAGUUCCAAGAGCUUUCAAGAGGUUCAAGGCCAACUGAACGAGGCAGCAGUUGGUUUGAAUCAGUCAGCCAACGAAUUGGUGCAGGCAUCCCGUGGAAAUACGCAAGAUCUGGCAAAGGCAUCUGGUAAAUUUGGCAAAGACUUCAAUGAACUCCUCCAGGCUGGUGUUGAAAUGGCUGGACAAUCCAAGGACAAAGAAGACCAGGCUCAGGUAAUUGGAAACCUGAAGAGUAUCUCAAUGUCAUCCAGCAAACUCCUCCUGGCAGCCAAGGCACUCUCUGCUGAUCCAACAGCUCCCAACAUCAAGAACCAACUUGCUGCAGCUGCACGAGCUGUGACAGACAGCAUUAAUCAGUUGAUUACCAUGUGUACACAGCAGGCCCCUGGACAGAAGGAAUGUGAUAAUGCUCUCCGUGAACUUGAGACUGUCCAAGGAAUGCUUGACAACCCCACCGAAGCUGUCAAUGACUUGUCUUACUUUGAUUGCAUUGACAGUGUGAUGGAAAAUUCCAAGGUUCUUGGAGAGGCAAUGGCAGGAAUUUCUCACAACGCGAAGAAUAGUAAUCUACCAGCCUUUGGUGAUUCUGUAAGCUCUGGUUCCAAGGCAUUGUGUGGACUUACAGAAGCAGCUGCCCAGGCAGCCUACCUUGUAGGAAUAUCGGAUCCAAACAGUCAUGCCGGCCAGCAGGGAUUAGUAGAUCCAGCUCAGUUUGCCCGUGCCAACCAAGCUAUCCAGAUGGCUUGUCAGAACUUGGUGGACCCAGCCUGUAUCCAGACACAGGUUUUGUCUGCUGCCACCAUUGUUGCAAAGCACACCUCUGCACUGUGCAAUGCCUGUCGCAUGGCCUCCUCCAAGACCUCUAACCCCGUCGCAAAGAGACAGUUCGUGCAGUCCGCGAAAGAAGUGGCAAACAGUACAGCCAAUCUCGUGAAGACGAUCAAGGCCCUUGAUGGUGCAUUUACGGAUGAGAACAGAGAGAAAUGCCGAGCUGCCACAGUUCCUCUGAUAGAAGCAGUUGAGAAUCUGACGGCGUUUGCUUCCAACCCAGAGUUUGUGAGCAUUCCAGCUCAAAUUAGUCCUGAGGGUCGUAAUGCUAUGGAACCCAUAGUUGUGGCUGCAAAGACAAUGCUAGAUAGUUCAACUGGCCUUAUUCAAACAGCUCGCGCACUCGCCGUAAACCCCAAAGACCCACCAAAAUGGUCUGUGUUGGCUGGACAUUCCCGAACUGUGUCUGAUUCUAUCAAGAAGCUCAUUACUUCCAUCAGAGACAAAGCUCCCGGACAAAGGGAGUGUGAUGAAGCCAUUGAGGUUCUCAACCGAUGCAUCAGAGAUGUUGACCAGGCAUCUUUGGCAGCAAUUAGUCAGCAGCUGGCCCCACGAGAAGACCGCUCCCAAGAGGCAUUACAAGAUCAGAUGACUGGAGCUGUCCAUGAAAUCAGCAAUCUGAUCGAUCCAGUUGCAGUAGCAGCUCGUGCUGAGGCUUCACAAUUAGGACACAAGGUGGCCCAGAUGGCGAGCUACUUUGAGCCACUAACCUUGGCUUCAAUUGGUGCAGCAUCGAAGGCAGUUAAUCACCAACAGCAGAUGAACUUAUUGGAUCAGACGAAGACGCUAGCAGAAUCUGCACUUCAGAUGCUGUAUACAGCUAAAGAAGCAGGUGGCAAUCCAAAGCAAGCAGCACAGACACAAGAUGCCUUGGAAGAGUCUGUGCAGAUGAUGAAGGAGGCAGUGGAGGACCUGUCAGGAACACUCAGCGAUGCAGCCAGUGCUGCGGGUGUUGUGAGUGGAAUGGUGGACUCCAUCAACCAGGCUAUUAACAAGAUUGAUGAAAAUGCUCCAGUGGAGCCUGAGGGAUCAUUUGUUGACUACCAGACCACCAUGGUGAAGACCGCCAAAGCUAUUGCAGUCACAGUUCAAGAAAUGGUUACUAAAUCAACCACCAACCCAGAUGAGCUGGGGACUUUGGCAAAUCAACUUACAAGUGACUAUGGACAGCUGGCACAGGAAGCCAAUCCUGCAGCCAUUACAGCUGAAAAUGAAGAGAUUGGGAAUCAUAUCAAGAACCGUGUGCAAGAACUGGGUCACAAUUGUGCUUCAUUGGUUCUCAAAGCUGGUUCACUCCAGUGCAGUCCCAGCGAUGCCUUCACAAAGAAAGAACUCAUUGAAUGUGCUCGCAAAGUUUCUGAAAAGAUAUCCCAUGUGUUGGCAGCUUUGCAGGCAGGUAACCGUGGAACCCAGGCUUGUAUUACUGCUGCCAGUACUGUAUCUGGUAUCAUUGCCGACUUAGACACAACUAUCAUGUUCGCUACUGCAGGAACACUAAACCGAGAAAAUGAGGAGACUUUCGCUGACCACAGGGAAAACAUUCUGAAAACUGCCAAAGCUCUGGUGGAAGACACAAAGCUACUUGUAUCGGGAGCUGCUGCAAGUCAAGAGAAGCUAGCGCAUGCGGCACAGUCCUCAGUUGUCACAAUUACUCGACUGGCCGAUGUGGUGAAAUUAGGAGCUGCAAGUUUGGGCUCAGAUGAUCCUGAAACACAGGUUGUAUUAAUCAAUGCAGUGAAAGAUGUGGCAAAGGCCUUGGCUGAUCUCAUUAGUGCCACAAAGGGUGCAUCAGGAAAGGCUUCAGAUGAUCCAUCCAUGUAUAAUCUCAAGAACUCUGCUAAGGUUAUGGUCACCAAUGUGACUUCACUUUUGAAGACCGUAAAGGCUGUAGAAGAUGAAGCCACCAGAGGCACAAGAGCUCUGGAAGCUACAAUUGAACACAUCCGUCAAGAACUUGCAGUAUUUUGCUCGGCAGAUCCACCACCUAAACUGUCUACUCCGGAGGACUUCAUCCGUAUGACUAAAGGAAUUACUGUCGCCACAGCAAAAGCUGUGGCAGCUGGAAACUCCUGCCGUCAAGAGGAUGUUAUUGCUACGGCCAACCUUAGUCGGAAAGCUAUAGCAGAGAUGCUUCAUUCUUGUAAGGAAGCAGCCUAUCACCCAGAGGUGUCCAGUGAUGUCCGUACCCGCGCUCUUCGUUUUGGCAAAGAAUGUUCUGAGGGAUACCUGGCUCUCCUGGAACACGUGCUUGUUGUUCUUCAGAAGCCAUCACCAGAUCUUAAACAGCAGCUGGCAGGGUAUUCAAAACGUGUGGCAGGUUCUGUCACUGAACUUAUCCAGGCAGCAGAGGCCAUGAAAGGGACAGAAUGGGUGGAUCCCGAAGACCCAACUGUUAUUGCUGAGAAUGAGUUGCUGAGAGCUGCUGCUGCUAUUGAGGCAGCAGCCAAGAAACUGGAACAACUCCAGCCAAGAGCUAAACCUAAGCAAGCCGAUGAAAGUCUUAACUUUGAAGAACAAAUUCUGGAGGCGGCCAAAUCAAUUGCCGCAGCAACCAGUGCCCUCGUGAAAGCUGCCUCAGCUGCUCAGAGAGAGCUUGUGGCUCAAGGCAAGGUUGGAGCUGUGCCAGCAAAUGCAGUCGACGAUGGCCAGUGGUCCCAAGGCCUCAUUUCAGCAGCUCGGAUGGUGGCUGCUGCUACCAGCAGUUUGUGUGAAGCAGCCAAUGCAGCUGUCCAAGGUCACGCCAGUGAGGAGAAGCUCAUCUCUUCAGCCAAACAGGUGGCAGCGUCCACAGCUCAGCUGUUAGUGGCCUGCAAGGUGAAGGCUGAUCAGGACUCGGAGGCCAUGAAGAGACUUCAGACCGCAGGGAACGCUGUGAAGAGAGCAUCGGACAAUCUCGUGAAAGCUGCCCAGAAGGCUGCAGCAUUCAAUGAUCAUGAAGAGGAAAAUGUGGUCGUCAAGAAUAAGAUGGUUGGUGGCAUUGCUCAGAUUAUUGCAGCCCAGGAGGAGAUGCUGCGGAAGGAAAGGGAACUCGAAGAUGCUCGUAAGAAGCUUGCAAUGAUCCGUCAGCAGCAGUAUAGAUUCCUUCCUUCAGAACUUUGUGACCAAGAGGAUAAUUAAGUGCAGUCUGGCCGAAACAAGCCAACCGCUAACCCUGGCCAGGCAUCUAGUUCAUUAAUCAACAGCAAAAGAUCUAAUCCAGAUAAAUCUGUGGCCAGAUUUUUUUUGAAAUGUUCAUGCAAUAGCUUGUUCAUAAUUCCCCAAAAGGUGCAAUAAGCGAUCCAUUUCCUAAGUUUUUCUGCAUUCUAUAAAUCUGCACAUGUUCAUUCACAUUUAACAUGUUUGUGCAUAGAAGGGAAUAAUUAAUGUGUGUAUGCAAUAGUAUGAGACUGAAACGAGUGGUUGCAGUAUUGAUGACAUUGAAAAUUUUGCUGUAAAGCCUUUGUAUGAUAUUUUUUAAAGUUUAUGAAGCCAGGAAGUCGGGAGAUAUAUUUGAUAAAUUCCAAAGAAAAUGCGCAAGAGCCGUACCUCCCAAUAUAAUGGUAUAAAGCCAACGAUACCAGUGAAUUAAAGCAGCAAUAGGAGAUGAAGAAGUGUGUGCCACAUAGAUUAAUUUUAAAUUUCAGAGGCUAAAUGAUACAUAUCAUUAAAAUUCCAUAAUGGAAAAACAAACCCUCCCUAUAACAGCAACAGUAACGUUGUCUUAAAUCAGGUCAGAAAUGCUGUGUUUUUGGGGAAUUAGUGUUACUUCCUAACUUUUUUUCUAUAUUUUAACCAGAUGUACAUGAAUAAUGCAGUAUUUCAGCAGGGUGCCUUUAAAAUCAAAAUGUUUAAUCUCGUUUUGGCCUGUAAAGUUGUUGUGUUUCCAGUAAACAGAGAAAUAUCUUUUAAAGAAUUCAGAGUUUGAAAGUAUUGGACUCUGCAAAUUUAUUUUGUUUUGAAAAUAUUGUGAGGUAUUGCCUGUAAUUUUUAUUAUGUCCGGCUUUAAUUAACUAAAUUGCAAGUUCAGUGAAACAUGUUCAGCAUCUAACCAAAAGAAAAUUUACCUUUUAAUAUAUUACCAAUUAGUUUUGGGUUCUUGGUCUCUUCUUAACUAGUAGCCUUAAUAUUUUCAUGCAUUGGGUGUAGUACUUUCAGGUGUUUGUAUCUGUAUCUUAAAUAAGUGAACCUUUUAAUCGCAAUAACAUAGGGCAAUCUGUGUGCAAAUCUUUAAUAUUAGAAUUUGUUUCUUUUUAAUAUUUGUUUACGUGCUUCAUUAAUGGGAAUUUCAGGCAAUUGUGUCUAAUACUUUUAUCAAGUGCUCUAUUAUGCCACAGGAAACACGCAUGUUUUCAGGCCUCUUCCAGAACAUUUCAAAUGGUAAAUCAUCAAUUAUUUUGCAUAACUGCCUCACAUUCACAUUUAUCUUGCAAACUUAACUUGUUACUUAAGCUCCAUUGCCUUUAAAUAUCACUUUAUUUUCAUACAAUGUGCUUCUAAUAUUAACAUUUAAUGACUACCAACUUUCCAAUACAAUUUGGAAGAUUACUUGUGUUUUUAUUUGGUGGCUCAUUUGGUGAAUAAAGUUGGUUUUCACUAA